UGAGUGCAGUACUUCGAUAUAUAUCGUCAAUUCCAUCACCAAUCCAAGACGCGUAAAUGCCUAUAAUAACUCAUCUUGACUUAUACGACCACUUGCUUUUUUCAGGUUCAACCUGUCUUUCCGACAUUGAUGAACAGCCUUCACUUACCGCCUUAGCUUAAAGAAACAUGUCUCUGUUCUUCUUCUUUUUCUUGUUGUUACUGUCCUUGUUUAGCUUCACCAUUGAAGCUCAACAACAAACUUAUCUCUUUCAUUACUGUCCAAACACCACCAUUUUCUCACCAAACAGCACUUACAAAACCAAUCUCGACCGCUUGCUCAUUUCCCUUACUUCCAACGCCACCGCCGGUAGUUUUUUCCACAACACAACCACCGGAAAACACAACUCCGGCAUCGUCUACGGUUUAUUUCUUUGCAGAGGCGAUGUUUCAACCAAAGGGUGUCAAGAUUGUGUUUCAACAGCUACUAAAGACGUCAUUCAACGUUGCCCCGUCGAGAAAACCGCCGUCAUUUGGUACGAUAAUUGCCUUAUUCAUUACUCCAAUCAAUCAAUCUUUUCAACUCCGGCGAUGGUACCGAAGUUUUAUUUGAUAAACACGGCGAAUGUAUCGAACCAAGAACGGUUCAACCAGAUAUUGGCCACCACGAUGAACGACGGAGCCGCCUUGGCUUUGAAUGAUACGUUGCCGUUGAAGAAGUUUGCGACCAGUGAAGCUAAUGUUUCGAGGUUUCAAACAUUGUAUAGUCUUUUACAGUGUACACCCGACCUGACAACCUCGGAUUGUAACACGUGUUUGAGAGGAGCUAUUGCUGAUUUGCCUAAUUGUUGCGAUGGGAAACAAGGGGGAAGAGUGUUGACACCGAGUUGUAGCAUUAGAUAUGAACUUUACCCUUUUUAUAACCAAACAGCUGUUUCAGUUUCAGCUCCACCACCUCCAUUAACUCCUCCUCCUGCAAUAACUCCAGGAAAAAGCAAGAACACAUUGCAAGGAAAAAGCAAGAACACAUUGCCAAUAAUUAUUGCAAUUAUUGCUCCAAUUGCGGUCUCUGUUCUUCUCUUGUUCUUGGGUUGUUGUUUACUAAAAAGGAGAGCAAGGAAGAAGUACAAAGCUGUAGAAGAAGAAAAUGAAAAAGAUGAUAUAUCCGCAAUUGAGACCUUGCAAUAUGAUUUUAGCACUAUAGAAGUUGCCACAAACAACUUCUCAUAUAGCAACAAGCUAGGUGAAGGUGGUUUCGGCGAAGUAUACAAGGCCACCCUUCCUAAUGGACAAGAAAUAGCUGUUAAAAGGCUAUCAAGAAGUUCAGGGCAAGGUAUUGAAGAAUUUAAAAAUGAAGCUCUAUUAGUUGCCAAGCUUCAACAUAGAAAUCUAGUGCGGCUAUUGGGAUUUUGCUUGGAAAGAGAAGAAAAGAUACUAAUUUAUGAGUUUGUCCCUAACAAGAGCUUGGAUUGCUUUCUUUUUGAUCCUGAGAAACAAGCACAAUUGGAUUGGUCUACACGAUACAAGAUCAUGGUAGGAGUUGCUCGAGGAAUGCUUUAUCUACACGAAGACUCUCGACUUAAAAUCAUACACCGUGAUCUUAAAGUGAGCAAUAUAUUACUGGACAGUGACAUGAACCCGAAAAUUUCAGAUUUCGGGAUGGCCAGGAUUUUUGGUGUGGAUCAAACCCAAGGAACUACAAAAAGAGUAGUUGGUACCUAUGGCUACAUGUCACCAGAAUACGCAAUGCAUGGGCAAUUUUCUGUGAAAUCGGAUGUUUUUAGUUUCGGUGUUUUGGUUUUGGAGAUUGUAAGUGGCAAAAGGAACAGUAGUUUCUACCGAACGGAUGCCGCGGAUGACCUAAUUAGCUACGCUUGGAAACAAUGGAAGAGUGGGACACCAUUGGAAUUGUUGGACACUGUCUUGAAAGAUAAUUACUCGAGAAACGAAGUCAUUCGAUGCAUUCAAAUCGGGUUACUAUGUGUUCAAGAAGAUCCAGCUGAAAGGCCAACAAUGGCUACCAUUGCUAUGAUGCUCAACAGUUACUCUGUAACACUUCCAGUACCUAACGAACCUGCAUUUUUUCGUAACUCGAGAACCGAGGGAAAGAUGCCAAACGUGGGGUUUGAAUCCGAUCAAUCGACCAGCCGAUCAACGCCAUGGUCGAUCAAUGAAGUAUCGAUUACGGAGUUAGAUCCUCGAUGAUGCUGUGUUAUUUAUCUGCCAAUUUUUGGUCUAAAUAUAAUAAUAUCUUUGUUUUAAAAUUAUACCCAUUUUCUCUUUCGAUAUAUAUAUAAACUUUAUUUUAUUUAA